UAUUGUUCAUUCUUAUAUAUUCCUUCCAUCCACCUUUUUAUUUUUUAUUUUUAUUGUUACAAUAAUAAUGUUUUUGUUUUUGUUUUGGGGUUACUACUUAGUAAUCGAAAGGGGGAUCAGGGUUAUUUGUUUUGUAAGAAAGCCCUAGCUUAGCUUUUUUGUGUUGUUCUUGUUCUUGUCUUCUGGGUGAUUUGUUCUUCUCUUUGCGGCCGUCUCUCUCUCUCUCUCUCUCUCUGUUUGUUUGUUCAUGGAGAUGGGUUCCGAUGGAGAAGAGGAUCAGAUCAGGAGCGUUGCUGAUUCUAACCAUAAGAAUAAGAAGAUGAAGAAGGUCGUUGAUGCUUCCAAUUCAAAGGACUCUCCCUCCUCUAAGCCUAAGCGUCAGAUGAAGACUCCCUUUCAGCUCCAAACCCUCGAGCAAGUCUAUGCAGAGGAAACGUAUCCCUCGGAGGCGACGAGGGCUGAGCUGUCUGAGAAACUUGAUUUGUCAGAUCGGCAGUUACAGAUGUGGUUUUGUCACAGGAGGUUGAAGGACAAGAAGGAUGGUCAGGUCAAGAAAACUCCCAAACCGUCCCCGGUUCAACCGGCUUCUGCUGUUCCUGCUUUGUCCUUACCUGCUGCUGAACUGGACUCCGGAUCUGAUUCGGGUUCUGGCUCUGGCUGCAGCCCUUACUCGGAUCCCAGGAGGGAGUUCGCGAGUGGUAGUAGUAACUCUCCCGCUGAGUAUGAGACAAUGGGGAGCGCAGGGUACGAGCCGCCACGGUCGUCUGUGAUGGUUCGUAGAGCUGUUGCUUGCAUUGAGGCUCAGUUAGGGGAGCCGUUGCGAGAUGAUGGACCUAUUCUUGGAAUGGAGUUUGAUCCCUUGCCUCCUGGUGCUUUUGGGACACCUAUAGCAAUGCAGACGCACCAAGGUCAUCCAUAUGAGAGCAAAAUGUAUGAGCCCCAUGAUGUCCGUCCUCGAAGAUCUCAGGCUGCCACCAGUUCUUUCCAUGACCAACAAUCUCUGAACGAUCCCUCUUCCUUUACACCUGAUAUGUACGGGCGGUACUCUGAAAGUCAUGCACGUGGUGUGGACUAUGAAAUAUCACGGCCUAGGAGUUCGUCGUUUAUGCAGGGGAAUGGGCCUUUACCAAAGUCCUAUGGAAACUCAUCUCGUAACUGUUCUACAUCUCAGCAAGACAUGCCUAGCCCCAUUCUCCCAUCAGCUCGUGGUGAUAGCUUCUUGCUGGAGAGAGACUCCUCAGGCCUCCGAGCUGAAGAUCCGUAUUUGUUGUCUGACGGGGUGCGUAUGAGUAAUGAUGUGCAUAGGAAGGGAAAGAUUAACGAUGGUAGACUCGGAAGAGGGAGUGGACAAAAGGAUCUUGAGAAACUAGAACUUCAGAGGAAAAGGAAUGAAGAACGCAUGAGGAAAGAGAUGGAAAGGUAUGAGCGUGAGAGGCGUAAAGAAGAAGAGAGGUUGAUGCGUGAAAGAAUAAAAGAAGAGGAGAGGUUACAGCGUGAACAGCGACGUGAAAUGGAAAGAAGAGAAAGGUUUCUACAGAGAGAGAAUGAACGGGCGGAGAAGAAUAAGCAGAAGGAAGAGAUUCGCCGAGAGAAAGAGGCUAUAAGACGCAAGAUUGCAGUUGAGAAAGCAACUGCACGUAGAAUUGCUAAAGAGGCUAUGGAUCUAAUUGAAGAUGAACAGCUAGAGCUAAUGGAUUUGGCGGCUAGUAGCAAAGGAUUGUCCUCGGUUAUACAGCUUGAUCAUGACACAUUACAAAACCUUGACCUGUAUAGAGAUUCUCUGAGCACAUUUCCACCAAAAGCUUUGCAAUUGAAAAUGCCGUUUACCAUUUCUCCAUGGAAGGAUUCCGAGGAAAAUGUUGGAAACCUUUUAAUGGUGUGGAGAUUCCUAAUAUCAUUUUCCGAUGUUCUUGACCUAUGGCCUUUUACCCUGGAUGAGUUUAUUCAGGCUUUGCAUGACUAUGACUCAAGGUUGCUGGGGGAGAUACAUAUUACUCUUCUGAGAUCAAUAAUACGAGAUAUUGAAGAUGUUGCUAGAACACCUUAUAGUGGCAUUGGAAAUAACCAAUAUACUACAGCCAAUCCUGAGGGUGGUCAUCCGCAGAUUGUUGAAGGGGCUUAUGCAUGGGGCUUUGACAUUCGUAGUUGGAAAAAGCAUUUGAACCCACUAACAUGGCCUGAAAUACUCAGACAAUUGGGACUCUCUAGUGGAUUUGGGCCUAGGCUGAAGAAAAAUAAUUCCCGUGUGACCCAUACUGGUGAAAAGGAUGAGUUGCAGGCUAAAGGCUGUGAAGAUAUCAUUUCUACUCUUCGCAGUGGUUCAGCAGCUGAGAGUGCUUUUGCAUCAAUGCUGGAGAAAGGGUUGCUGGCUCCGCGCAAGUCGAGGCAUCGGUUGACACCUGGAACUGUCAAGUUUGCUGCCUUUCAUGUUCUCUCUCUUGAGGGAAGCAAGGGACUGACUGUAAUAGAGCUUGCCGACAAGAUUCAGAAAUCCGGACUUAGGGACCUGAGAACAAGCAAGACGCCAGAGGCUUCUAUCUCUGUUGCAUUGACAAGAGAUGUGAAGCUCUUCGAAAGAAUAGCCCCUUCCACAUAUUGUGUACGAGCUCCGUAUGUGAAGGAUCCUGCGGAUGGAGAGGCAAUACUCGCAGAAGCUAGGAAGAAAAUAAAGGCGUUUGAAAAUGGCUUAGCAGGUCCAGAAGAUGUGAAUGAUCUUGAAAAGGAUGAAGACUUUGAAUGUGAUAUUGAUGAGGAUCCCGAGGUUGACGAUUUAGCCACUCUACCAAGUGCCUCAAAAAGUGCUGAUCUAGGUGAAGCUAAUGGUUUGUCCGGAAAGGGAGGUGAGAUUAUGUUCUCCGAUGUUAAAGCAAAUGUGAAGAGUGAGGUUGAGAAGGAGGUUUCUUCUCCACCUACAAGCAGUAUGAAGACCAUUGUGCCACAAUGCCAUAGUGAGCAGGGUAAAGAUGCAGCGGUUAGCUGCAUGGAUAAUAAGAAUGCUGUGGUUGAAGAUAUCAAGCAGGGCAAAUCAUGGGUUCUAGGUCUUACAGAAGGAGAUUACUGUCAUCUAAGUGUUCAAGAGCGCCUUGAGGCCCUUGUUGCUUUAGUCGGUAUUGCCAAUGAAGGAAAUUCCAUCAGAGCUAGUCUCGAGGAUCGUCUGGAAGCAGCAAAUUCUCUUAAAAAGCAAAUGUGGGCCGAAGCACAAUUAGAUAACAGCUGCAUGAGAGAUGUACUUAAGUUUGAUAUUCAACACUCUACCCGUGAGAUUGAUGGUUUCAACAGAGACCCUUCUCAACUUGUAGAUGAAACGAAGCCGCCCCUGGAAGUUGUUUCAAACGAUGUUCAUAAGUUAUCUACUGAGAGAGGUUCUGUUUACCAAGAGGGCAAUAUAAGUCAAGAGAAUUGCUCUUCGAAGAGAUCACGCUCACAAUUAAAAUCAUACAUAAGCCACAAAGCAGAAGAGGUGUAUCCAUACCGAUCCUUGCCGCUUGGACAAGAUCGGCGCCACAAUCGUUACUGGCACUUUGCUGCAUCAGCAUCUAAAAGUGAUCCUUGCUCGGGGCUUAUAUUUGUUGAGCUCCAUGAUAGCAAGUGGCGCCUCAUUGAUUCAGCAGAGGCUUUUGACACUCUUGUUGCAUCACUGGAUAUGCGUGGGGUCAGAGAGUCCCAUUUACGCAUAAUGUUGCAGAAGAUUGAGGGAGCAUUCAAAGAGAAUGCUUGUAAGAAAAUAAACCUAGUUAGAAACCCCUCUUUGAAGGAAGAUUCUGUGAGCCCAUUUAGUGCUAUAUUGGGGUCGAGUUCUGAUUCAAUGGGAGUCUCAACUUCUGUUAGAGUUGAGCUAGGGAGGAGGAAUGACAAAGAGAAGGAGAAUUUAUUGAAAAGGUUCCAUAGUUUCCAGAGAUGGAUGUGGACGGAGACGUACAGCUCAGUGCCUUCUUGUGCUAGGAAAGACGGGAAGAAGAGAUGUGAACUAUUAGCAACAUGUGAAGUUUGUGUUGCUUCUUAUUUAUCUGAGUAUACGCACUGCACUUCUUGCCACCAGAGAUUAGACAUGGCUGAUAGUUCAGAGAGAAAGAUAGCAGAUUCAGGUUUGGCUGUAUCUCCUCUUCCUUUUGGAGUCAGGUUACUCAAAGCACUACUUGUUUUUCUUGAGGCAUCUGUUCCGGAUGAAGCUUAUGAAUCAUUUUGGACAGAGGAGAAAAGAAAAAACUGGGGGUUUAGGUUGAAUGCUUCAUCAUCACCUGAAGAGUUGUUACAGGUCUUGACUUAUUUAGAGAGUGCAAUCAAGAAAGAAUCUUUGUCAUCCAAUUUUUUAUCGGCAAAGGAGCUCUUGGGAGCUGCUGGUGCUACUGCUGAUCCGGGAUCCGUGGACGUGUUUCCAUGGAUACCAAAGACAGUAUCAGCGGUUGCUUUGAGACUUUCAGACCUUGAUGCAUCCAUUGUUUAUGUGAAGCCAGAGAAACCUGAGCCAGUCCCGGAAGAUGAGAAGGAGCAGAUUAGCCUUUUCCCUGGAAACUCUCUUCUGAAAGGUAAAGGACCCAAAGAGCAAGAAGACCAAGACGAGGUUGUUCCAAACUCAGGUAAAAAGAGUAGUAAACGACGAGUAAUCUUUGGAUCUGGAUCAAACAAGAAGGCGAAGAAGAAGAAAGUGCUAGGGGGUAAUGGCAGAUUUGUCGCUGGUAGGAGCAAUGUUGCAGUCAACAGGAACAUAAUGAGCGUGGAGUUGAACCACCAAGUCCCUGGAAGAGGAAAGAGGACGGUUAGAAAAAGACCAGAGAGGAACGAUGAGGACAAUUACCGCUUAGUCAGCAGAAUGGCUGACAUUGUUAAGCCUACAAGCGAAGAAGAUGAGGAAGAGCAAACAUUCAGAGGCAUUGAUCAAGACUGGGCAGGUGAAACUCCUAGAGAGAUGGACGAGGAAUGGGCUAGUGAAACACCUAACAGAGUGAUGACUCCGAUGCAAGUGGAUGGUGAAAGUGACGACAACAGUGUAGGAGUUCAAUCAGAGGAUGAUGAUGAUGAGGGUCAGUUUGUGAGUUAUAGUCAGAGAAACAAGUGGGGGUUUGAUUGGAAUAGUAACCCAAAUGAGGCUAUGGAGGAUGUAGAAGAAGAAGAAGUUGCCGGAGUUGAACAAGUCCAAAGAGAAUAUGUCGCAGAAUUGAGUGAGAGCUCUGAAGAUGAAGAAGAUGAUGAUUUACCUGCUGCUAGUAAUAAUGCAGCAGCCAACAAUUACGACAGAGAAUCAGAAGAUUACAGCAGCAGCGAUUCAUGAAUUGAGAUUGUAGCACGUGGACAAGGAAGAAGACAUAUUUUAUAAUAUAUAUAUAGGGAGAAAAGAAAGUGAUAGUGUAUCGGAAUAGGUGAGAAAACCUAAGAGAAGCAUUAGAAGAGAACAUUUAUGAUUUGGUUUGGUUAAAGUCAAGCCAAGCCUAAGCAUAUAUUAUCAGCAAAUGCCUUUGUUAUCAUAACAAUAAUAAUAACUUCAUUGUUUUGUUGAGUAGUAGUAGUGUAAGUCAAUGGUUCUUGUGUUGAUC